AUGCUCUCCCCACCGCACUCCAGCCCGAGCUCUGACUCGGAGCUGGCCUCAAAAGUUAUCGUCGACCGCCUGGCAGAGCUCCCCGAAGACUUGCUACUUCGCAUAUUCGAGAUUGUCGGACAAUCAUCCAAACGCGAUCUGUGCAACGUGUCGCGCCUCAAUCACCAGUACCACGCCAUUGCAGAUUCCAUCCUGUACAAGAUGAUACAGUUCGACCGCCCGGAGCACCACCUUCGCUUCAGCCAGUCUCUCGGUCGCCGUCCCCGUCGUGGCUCCCUCAUUAUGGGCGUCCGUCUCGACUACCCGGGUGGGAAUGGUCGCAAGCUGUCGCAAAUCAACCUCGACGUACCGGUUGUUGUUGAUGAGGUCUCGCAUCUUGAACACCCCUCGUCUCGCUUCGAUGUCCUAACCCGCAUGAUCUCGACAAUGUCCAACCUGGAAAUGCUAGAAAUUUCUAUGCCGGACUCGCUCCUCCACGGGAUAGGUGGUCUCUUCAAUGGUCCGUUCGAUCUGGCCUGCUUGAAGACCUGUACGCUCUUUUAUCAGUGCCCAAACGACGCAUAUUGGGACCUCAAGGAGAAUAUCCACAUCUUCUCUCACCCAACUCUUGAGUCGCUCAUCAUACGGAAAGCCAAACUGGACUACAAGGGAUUCGACUUUCUCGAGAAGCCGGAAAAGACGUCCCUCCAAAAACUCCAUUUAAUCGAGUGUGACAUUAGCGAUGAUGCCCUGGGCGACAUUCUCGAGUUCCCCGAAGCUCUCAAGGAGUUUGUCAUGACACAUCUACCCGAGCCCCACCCGGAGUUGGAAGAGAGCUCAGACAACGCCGGUGACUACAUCAUUGCCCUCCAAGGGGCGGCACACUCCCUCGAGACCGUCGUGCUCGACAUACCGACGCUAGGCGGCCGCAGGGCGAUGAGAAUGCGUGAGUUUGCCGCUCUCAAGACGCUGCGCCUCUCGUGGGACUACCAGUUGAUGGGCAAGACUUCAAAGAAGCCCCGCAUGCAGGGCGUCGGUCUACCACCCGAGCUAGAGACGCUCGAAUUUUUCUGCGAGCUGGGAACAGACGAAGAGGUGUCGGACCUGUUCCUGAACGCUAUAGAGAAUAAGGAGGUCAUGGCGCGGAACCUCAAGUCGCUUAUUGUGGUUGAGGGAGAAGACCGACGGAUACCAAAAGAACUGAUCGAGGCUUGCAAGUCUCAGGACAUCAAGUUGGAUAUAAUUGGCGGCACUUUAGAUGAAGAUUUUCUAGACUAG